AUGUCCGACCAACAGCCCACCACCGCCGCAGCGGCAACCUCGAACCCCGCCCAGCAAACUGCCUCCUCUUACCUCGACCUUGGCAUAACGCUCGCAAUAAACGCCUGGCCAGCCCUCUCACUCGCAGUAACAAGCAAUUGGGGUGGUCCGACCUCUGCUGACAAACGCGACUGGCUCUGUGGCGCAAUCUCUGACAUGAUUGCUGACCGCCCGGAAACCGACGCAGAGGACCUGGAGGACGUCUUGAUACAAGUAAUGAAUGACGAGUUCGAUGUUGUUGUAGACGAUGAAAGUGCAGGGGAGGUAGCAGAUCGGAUUAUGGAAAUUCGCAAGAUGGUCGAGAAUGGGGAGUUCGAUGGCAUCAGACAGAUGUGGGAGGAAUGGGAGAGGAAGGCGGCGAAGAAGGGCGAUGCUGUUGCGGCGUUUAAGAGGGGGGAGGAUCAGGACGGUGAGACGGACGAUGAUGAGGAGGAUGGUGAGGAGGACGAGGAGAUGGGGGAGGCUCCAGCUUUAAAAAGGUCUACACAACGGCAAACGCGAAAGAUGACUUUUCAUAUCCAGGAAAACAGAAAACAAAAAUGCGUAAAUCUAUAG